UUUUCAGCUGGAGUGGGAUGAUGUUUUACUGAGGGACAGUCAAAAGUGGGCAAAUCUUGUGCUCGGUUCAGAUUCAACAGCCGAUCACCAAUGCGAUAAGGAACAUGGAUUGAGUGCAACUCGGAUGCCUCACACUCUGAAUUGGCUGAUUCCAUACUGCGCGCCUUCCAGUGACGCCGGAAGAAAACGGACGCACGCACGUACGCACGCACGCAGACAUCAUCCACUCAAUCGGAAGUUCUGAGCCAGAACAGGGUGCCGACAGCGAUGUAUUGCGUUUUCAUUUACAGGAUCAGCAAAAUGUAUCAGAUUCCAGUAAAGAACCUGACAAAACUCAGACGACCAAGGAAACGCGUCAAAAGUAUUUUGUGUGAAGUUGGAAUGCAGCAAUGUCAAGACCUAAUAGAGACAUACAAAUGCUUUGAUGCUGGUGAUGCAAGUUUCAACAACACAGACUGGGAUGAUCUCAGUGAUGGUCAUGUUGGCAAAUGGAAAAGAAAGUAUCCAUACCGAAGCCAGACACUGUGUUGCAAUCUAUGUGGGUACUCCAGCCGGUCAGUAACCACAUUUAGAAGUCAUAUUCAUCGCUACCACGAGGAGGAGUUGGACCUAGCCAGUCUGUUAAUGUGUCCUUACUGCCCAUUUGUUAGCGCUCCAAAAGUCACAGAGCAACACAUUAGGUUUUUCCACAUCCUGUCUUCAAAAGCCAAGCCCACGUUUGUUCAAAACUACACUAGCCACACUUUGGCCCAUGCACCAAAAACCGUGUCAGUUACAGUCUCUGCCGAUGCUGCCGAUGACAGAUAUAUAUGUGCAACCUGUGGGUAUCAUGACUCUUUAAUAUAUGUAAUGAAAAAGCAUGUCUUGGUAAAUCACUAUGCUGCAUUGUUGGAUCGUUACUUUGGGCUUGGCUCAGAUAAUACACAGAAGGGUGAUGGUGAGCAAAAACGUGAUGGCACCACUGCAAAAUAUUACUGCAAAGUGUGCAAACUGCCAGCAGAGACUAUUGAGCAUCUGCUCUAUCAUAUUUUGAGUUCAGAGAUGCACAAGGACCUUCACUGGCAGAUAAUGCCGUCCAUCAUUGAAAAAGACUGCACAAACCAAAUUGUUGGACAACAUAAUCUGCUAAACCUUGCACCAAAAGCAAUGCAACAGGUCACGUUGCUUGCAAGACCGAACUAUAUGCAGCAGCAAACAAAUGGAAAUGGUGUCAAAAAGCCUAACGGUGCAGUAUUUCUGGCUGGGCCAAGCAACACUGCUUUGUUUUGCUCUCCUGGCUCAGGGCAGAUGUUUCUGUCCCCACAAACACAAGCUUUACUCUCAGGCACAGCUGUGACUACACAUCAGCAGACCCCCUCUGGGAUCUCACAAGUCAUGCCUACCUCACCAGUGGUGAAAUCUAUUAAUAUGGUGGUGCCAAACAUGCCACAAAAUGCACCCAAAUCAAUGCCCAUUACUAUGACCGUUCCCAGGCGACCACAAGGUCAGCAACCACGUCAGGUUCUUUUUCCACCCACUGUUCAGGUCAACCUCCCAGGCGAAGUGGGUGUGCGUCCACCCUUCCUUGUUACCCAAGGUCUUCAGCUGAAUCAGUCAGUUCCCAGAGCUCCUCUCUUAGCCUCACAGUCUGUGCGUCUCAUUCCAACAGGCAACAAAGUAAACGGUGUUCCGACCUACACUCUAGCACCUGUUCAUGUCACAAUGCCUGUCCAGGGCAGUCCUGCUCAAAUGGUUUUGACACAAAACACUCCUCAGGUCAGCCAGCCUACAAAUACGGCAGUAGUGCCUGUUGGUCUUAUGCCUACAGUUCAGAGAGCAAUAAACAAAAAUAGUGUACCAAACAAGUUGGCUGUGCUUGCUCCAUUUUUGAAAAAACAUGAUGAUCGCACCGUCAGGUGUCUGAAGUGCAAGAUUUUCCUGAGAGAGCAGGGAAUUUUUCAGCAUUUGUUGCAUGGCUUGAAGUGUCUGUUCUGCCCUCUGAUGUUCUACUCCUUCAAGCAAGUCAUGGAGCACACAAAUAAAGAGCACAGUCUCAGAAUCAAGGAAAACCGUAAUUUCAUAAAAGAAAAGUUUAAUCUUGAAAGUGACAGUGAGGGCAACCUGAUGUUUACUACCUUUAAUUUAAACACAGAUGUGCCCAAGGAUCUCCUUGAAAACAGAGAACUCAACCUUGCACUGAUCACCAGCUCUCAAGAUAAAAUUUACAUAAAAAUGUAUCCAGAUAAGGCAGAAUACCCAACCACAUUGAAGGCAACAUCUACCAUUUGUCCAUUUUGUCCAGUCAAGUUCGAGAUCUCUGAAGAUUACGAGCAGCAUCUUCAAGCAAAACACCACACCGUUCCCACCAUUCAUGCAAUAUUAAAAACUCCUGCCUUCAAAUGCAUAUAUUGUUUUGGGGUGUAUUCUGAAAAAUCAACACCAAAAACAAUCUCCAUCCAUGUGCAACGGUGUCGCUGUGCUCCCCAAGCAAUCAAGGAUGCAGAGAGGCAACUGAAUCCAGAUCCAGUUGGACACACUGAUGGUGAAUUUAACAAUUCUGCUAAGGUGGGAGAUUCUUCAGAAAUUGCCAAUCAGGGUGGGAAGGAUUUUGUCAAGGCAAAGAAAGAGGUAAAUGUGCAGAAGAGCAGAAAAAGGAAUCAGAGAGUUUCAAAGGCAGAAGUCCCUCAAACUCCAGUCCAGCUUGUCUUGGACCCAGCAGGGAUGGCGUUUGCAUCUUUUGAAGACAGAAAAGAAUUCCUUUCAAGGUACUUCCACAUCAAGCCAUAUUUGACAACGGCUGAAACCGAAAUGCUUGCUUCCCGUUUGUAUAUAAACAAAGCUGAUGUAAAGACUCACUUUAAUUCCAAGCUCACCAAGUGCUUGAAAGCAAUUCAGAAGAAGAAGGUUCGUGUGCGUCUUGGGUUCAGAAUGAAUGAUGUUAACAAGUUGAAACAUAAUCUCUUUUUUCCAGAGGUGCAGCCUGUUAAAAAAAUUGUAUAAAGGUGUUUAAUAGAUGAAAUAUGUUUGUAUCCAGCAUGUUCAGACUAGGAUGUCAACCACUGUAAGAUGUUUAUUUAAAAUGACUUGAUUUCCACGUUUAUGAGAUUGUUUCCUCUUGGCUUUUGUCAGUUCUGAAAAGGGGAAAUUACAGCAAUGCUGAAAAGUAAUUCGAUCACCAACCUUGAACUCUACACUCUACAUUUUUGUAUUUUUGUUGUAUAUAGUUCAUAUGACGAUGUUCAAACGUUUUUGUACACAUAUUUUCUGUAAGAAAAAACGCUCAGUUUUGUAUUUUAUAUUGAAGUCAUAUAUGUUUGGAACACUUAAUAUAAAUUUGAGGAAGGCUGUAUUGAAAUAGUUCUGCAUCUAACAUUUAUACUAGGACUGUAAAUAAAGUGAAGGCAUGGUAAACUACUACUACUAACUGACAAACCAGUUAGCAUUUUAUCAGCUGCAUCACUGUGGAGGACACUUUAUAGUGUUUGUAUGUUCAUUCUUUCACAUAGUACACUUUUAUUUCAUAAAUGUGAAAAAAAAUAAGUGCCUCUGUGUCCUCUUUAAUGUUUGCAGUUGUAUUACAAGUGUGUGUUUCAGUCAGUAAAGAUUUGAUUGCGAUUUACCAAAUGUGAUUUCCCAUUUGUAUUAAUUUAUUGGUAAAGACGUUUCUCAUAAUGUGCGUUUCAAAUAUCUGUCAGUUGAUUUGGAUUAAUUUAGUGCCCCCUUCUUCGCUUGCAGACCAAUGUAGUCGAUGUUGAACACAUGGAUCACCUUCAGAAUAGAACGUGAAUGCAAGGUGACUAUCAUGUUGGCUGUGAUGAGAGUAAUUUUCUAUAAAGACUGAACAUUAAGUCUGCAUGCAACUGCAGUAAUUAGAAUAUUCUGUAAAAUUAUAUCACAACCCAAGUUACUGCUUGACCAGCGCUUGUCCUGGUCUGUGAAGUUGAAAGAAAGGAUUAUUCACAGCUGGUAGUAAUAAACUGAUGAAUAUGCAGUCCAAGAAGUAAGUCGCCAUCAUGUUUAAUUCACUCAACGUUCUAUCAAUAUAUAAACAGAAUCGCUCAUUCUAAUCACGAGUCAAUAUUCUGUUUCUGUAACAGUGGUGGGUCAAUUUUUUUAUGUGGUGCCUUUUGUGUCCCCAGUACAAAUUAUGUUGUAUUUUGUCUAAAUUUGGACAAAUACGAGUUCCAUUUGGUUUGUCAUGUAAGGUGAAUUGUUAUUUAUUAUGAAUACAAUUAUAUGGGCUUUUUUAUUAUUAUUUUAAAAGCUUUGUUUAAAGAGGUACCUAUGGAAUUUUGCCAUGUCCCCAGUGUUGUUCAUUCAACUUCGAUCUAAAAAAUAACUGAUAAAAACCUAUGUUUCCAAACAUUUCAUUAUUAUUUAAUUUUCCUGGUAAAAAUCUAUUUAAUCAAAUGUUGUUUUUAUAAAAAUUAUUAACUUUUGUGCAAAAAACUUAAGGUUUUAUGUUCGUCCCUGGUGGUCACUGUCCACCCUGUUAAGAUGCAUUUCUGUCCCUUUAAGGAAAAAAAAGCGUUUUUCUCAAUGAUAUCACUCUCAUGAGGUGACAUCACAUCAGUGGUGGGAAAUUCAACUGUGGUAAGCUGUGUCAUUUUUCUACCUCUCAUUUUAUGUAUCAAUCUGUCUGUCUGUCUGUCUCUCGCUCUAUUACGCACACAAUCACACAGCCUGCUUUGUUGUCAAUUCUCAGCAUUUUGUGGCUCUAUACAUUGAUUGUUGUUGAGAUUGGUAGAAUAUUUUGAAUAUUAACUCAUACUACUGUAUAUCAUCUCUUCUCGCCUCAGGUCCCUGCUCUGAUUCCUGUUAAAGGCACAAUGAGGAUGCACCAGGUGAUCAGCCUCUUACCUGGGCAAAUCAAGUACAGGGACAUCAGUUGUUUCUGUCAGAGGCAAGAGGAUCGAUUGUGCUUGCUUUGAGCUAAAAGUAGCUACUCUGGGUGGAGUUCCAGUGACAACCCCAACACCGAACAGAGAGACCCCCUGGCAACCAGAGUCAUUUGACAGGAAGUACAUUGGAGAGUGGUGUAUUGUCAAGUAUGACGCUGACGUGCACCCCUGGCAUCAUCAUGAACGAGGAGCAUAGCAUUCAGGUUAAGUGCAUGCAUCGUAAUGGGGUAAAAAAUAAUUCUGGCCAACACAAAGCGAAGAUGUCAGCUGGUAUGCAGAUGAGCAACUUCUGUGUCUUAUACCAGAGCCACAGGCACUUAACAAGCGCUCUUUCCACCUGGAUAAAUCCACAUUGAACUAUCUAGAAGACUUCCUUUAAGUAAACUUAAAAUUUAAAAUGAUUUCCCUUUUUGUGUUAUUUGUAAUCAAAUUUAUUAAAUCACAUUAAUGUUUUAUAAUUUGUUGGUGUUUUGUCCACCCUGUUAUGUAACUGUCCACCCUUUCAUGUUGGCAUUUUUCUAACAUAGUUUAAUGACAUUACCAAACAUCAAGUGUAUAUUUGUAGUUACAUAAAAGUAUGGAAGAGUUUGACUAUACAUGCUAGAAAAUUUGAGUAAUUCUUAUCAUAAUU